AUGGGAAGCGAACGGCUGAAGGAUUCUUUCGAGCUGCAGAAAGAAUCGUUAAAAGUGGUGACGCAUUUGAAGAAAUCAUCAUCUUCCUCCGAUACCGGUGGGGGCAGUAACGCGGGCAGCAACGCCGCUACCGGUGCAAGCGGUGGAUCGGCGUCCGUCGGUGGGCCCGGAUCCGGCGCAAAAGGACGGACAAUCGAACGGGACAUCCGCCGGCUCGUCGUCAUCGUCCGCGGUUGCUUCCGGUGCUGGCGCGAUCGGUCGUCCGAUCAUGGAGCGGGUGCCGCUGCUGGUUCCGCCAGCGGUGGCAAUACAACCGGUGGUAACGGUACGGGUGCCGAGCGUUCCAGUGCUACCGUUGGAUCAUCCGGCGGCUUAUCAACCACAACACCCUCUUCCUCGUCCUCCUCCUCCGGCGUUCCGAAGCGUCCCUUUGCUGAGCUAAACGAUGGGGCAGACGAAAGCUCUGGCGGAACUACGAACGAGGACGAAACGAAGCGUAAGAAACGUAAGGAAAUCGAUCCGCUCGGCGGGCUGGGCGGUGUUGGUAGUGGUGCCGGCAAGGAUACCUCUUCCACGUCUUCCGCUUCUGGUGCUACGUCCGGCAGUGGAGGUGGAUCCGCUUCGUCCACUUCGUCGGGUAAAGCGAGCGGCGGCAGUAGUACGGGUGGAAAUCGGGGCUCAAACACCCCGCCAGGAGAAGGGCACAAAUCGACCGGCGUACCAUCGGCCAAAACGCUCGGACUGUCCGGCAAGAGUGCGUUGGAUCGGAAAAGUCCUUGCGCUAGCCCGAAACCUUCGCAGGGUGGUGGUGUGGCUGGGUCGGGUGGCAGCAGUGCGAGCGGUGCAAAUGCAUCCUCAUCGUCCACCGGAGCUGGCGCUGGUAGCAGUGGUAGUAGUGGUGUGUCGUACGAGCAGCAGCAACGAUAG